GUGACGCAAGACGACGACUUCCUGAUAACAGCUUACGGUGAUCGGGUGACUUAUUGGAGUUUUCGUGGCGAGGAGGCCCACACUAAACCCCAAAAGUCCAGGAAAGAAGUAACGUUAUACCCGCACACUGCUCCCAUAACUUGCUUGGAUAUAUCCAGGGACGGAGCAAUGGCGGUUACCGGUGGAGUCGAUUCUCUCGUAAAUCUUUGGCAAUUGAAUACUCAUGAACUGCUUUCCACUUUCGAAGGACAUAUCGCUAGUGUCACUUGCAUUGCAUUCUCAGCUUCUGGUUUAUUUGUUGCUUCUGGUUCCGAGGACAAGACAGUUCGCGUUUGGGGCCUGACUCUAGGCUUGCUGGUAUCGACGUUUAAACACCAGGCACCUGUCAUCGCAGUGACAGCUAUGUUCGAUGGCCGAAGGAUAAUCAGUUCUGACAGGGCUGGUGCAAUUCGAGUCUGGGCAGCUGACACUGGCAUUCUAAUUCAAUCAGUGCCUGGUCCUGGACGGUGUUUCACAGUUUCUUCUGAUAUGAGAUACGGAAUAUGUGGAGUGGGAGACAAUCAAUUAAGAAUAGUAAGUUUAGGAGCCGGCCCGGAGGAAAAGUACCAGGUGUCGCAUUCUCAGGAAAUCACCUGUCUAGUUGUCACUCUGGAUUCUCGCUCGCUGAUCACUGGCUCGAGGGACAUGAGUUUGAAAGUGUGGCAGAUUCCCGGUGGCAAGUUAUCGCAGGUUCUCGUUGGUCACACGGAUCACGUCACGUGUGUCGCAGUUUCUGUUCUGGACAAGUCGAUCGUAGUCUCUGGCUCGCGGGAUGCCAAUCUGAUCGUCUGGGAUAUCAAUACUGGCAAUGAUCUGCACACACUGAAAGGCCAUCUCGGAUACAUAACGUGCGUGAAACUGUCGGGCGAUGGAACAUUGGCAGCGUCUGGAAGCGAGGACAAGAGCCUGAUUAUCUGGGACACGAAGAAGGGCUGUUCACUGAGUAGCAUAACGCUGCACGUUCCUGUACUGGGUGUAGAAGUGACUACGGAUCUAUCGAGGCUGGCGGUGUAUUUACUCGAGCACAACUGCAUGCCAAUCCUGUACUUGCACAAUACUCCAGCGCAGUAUGUGAAAUUGCCGGAUUAUGUGGCACCCUGGUGCGACACUAGAGAUUUGAGACCGCGCAAGAGACCGAAUAAGAGAUUACUGAAGAAAGAGGUGUCACUAGACAGUGACACGUGGCACAGGAAAUACGGCCAUCUUACGUCAGGAAUCUUGACGUUGUCGAUGGAGGACGGUUUACAACGACGAUUCAGCGUAAGCGCUUCCAUGGACGAGAUUAGCAAAGUUGGAUUGACGAGUAGCCCGUCCGGUUUAGGGCCGGAGCAAGCUGCUCUUGCUCAGUCGCAGCACUUCGAUCAGCUCGAGGCUCUUUGGAACAAACAGUCGCCGCCUGCUAAACCUCGUGCUCAUGGUAGGACUCUGUCGAAGCAAAGCUCGUUGCAGGCUACGCGAAUAUCCGAUUCUGAGGAAGAAGGCAAGCUUUCAACAAUUAUAUGUUUAUAUCUUUCUAAAUAA